AUGUCAGCUGAACUUCAGCAAGGUGCGGCCAGGGGCUGCCCCCCGACACCUUUCCUGCAGGGCCUCCCUCCCAGCCAGCUCCAGCUUUCUCUGUCCCAGAACCUGGCCAUUUCCCUCACAAGAACAACUCACACCCCAGCCUCUCCAGGGUUCAUGCUGGGCAGCCUUCCAAAGCCUCGUGUUAUUGCCUCCAACUCCCCAGCUCUCUUUUCUACAAAAAAGGUGGGAUAUAAUUGGCAUUCACCUUUGCCAAGCCAUUUAUAUUUUACAGACAAUAAAGAAUCCGCCUGCAAUGAAGGAGACACUGUUCAUCUCUUGGUGGCGAAGAUCCCUUGGAGAAGGGAAUGA